AUGGCGGAUGUGGUCGGAACGAUGGCGAAUGUUUCAUAUGGUGUCACUGUACCUGAUGGUACACCGAUUCAACAGAACAGUACCAUUUCUCAGGACUACGAUGCUGAGGGUGCCAUGAAAUUCACCGUGGCUGUAGUAACCAUGUACAGUGUUGGAAUGGUUGGAGUGUUGGUGAUGGGACUUCGACACAAGAAGAAAUCGAAUGCCGACGUUGAUAAAGAAGUUGAUUAUUUCAUGAAAGAUAUCAAUAAAGUCCGAGUUCGUCUGGAGAAAAAAGGCCGUUUAGAUUCCAUAAAUAAACUUCUUACCUCGAUAAAUAUAGAACAGCGAGAGAAAACCAUAAGUGUUGUCGGAUCAGGGAUGUUACCAUUUAUGGCUUUGCCAGUGUUUAUGAGUGACUGUUCUGGGCAACCAGAAGUGACGAAACCGCAGACCGUUGACUCUGACAUGGAUACUGACGACGGAGCCAGUAGCACUGACCUUGAUAAUUCUAUGAAUGGCGCACCUGGUUGGUAUCGUCGACAGGAAUCGUGUCUAACCGAGAAUACCAUUUUGGAAUUAGAUGAAAACGACAAUAAGGAUCUAGACGAGGAAGAUUCUUUGUUAAAGUCAAACUGUAUAGAGCUCAAAGAAUUUAGCACAAAAUGCUGA